AAUGCUAUUGCUUGGAUUGAUCUUCGUUGCUAUUACUGCACUCACAAAAUGUUCUGACGCUGACCUUACAAUAGAAGCUGCUUUUCAAGGUCGGUGUGGGCAUGGGAGUCCAUGCGAGCAAUUGUGUUACGAAAUUCACGAUGGUAUGUACGAAUGUGAUUGCACAGAAGGUUAUGAACUAAACAAGAAUGGAUAUAGCUGUCAAGAAAUAAAUUCAACUUUACAAUUCGUUUCGGCGUUUCCAUCUGCCAUUAGCGAAAUUAAAAUUUUAAAUAAAAAUUCUCAAAGUGUUGAAUCCAAAAACAAUUUUUUAAAAAAUGAAAAUACAGACUAUGAAAAUAAUAACCAAUUUAAUAAAUACAAAAAUGAGAAACCAGGUGACGAAAUUUACGAUGAUGAUGAACUAGAUUAUGAUCCAAUAACAAUUACAACUAUAACAUCAAAAGUACUACAAUCAACGAACACUAAUUUAAACCAUAAAACUUUAAAUGAAAUCAGUAAUAAUAAGAGAAAUAUAAUUUCGUUUGAGAAGACACUUACAAAAACAGCAAAUGAACCAAAGAACUUAUAUAGUGUUGAGCAUGAUGUUAUAAAAACGCAGCAAAAAUCUGUGGAUGAUUUUUAUUCAAAAGAGGAUUUUUCUAACUACAAUAACCUAGUUAAUAAUUUAAAAGAAACUGCGAAACAUGCUUCAAGUUAUCACACAACUGUUAUACCAACAACAACGACGUUAUCAGACGAUAACACAGGAACAUAUACUUUAGAAAAUUCUAUUGACAACGCAGCACAAACAAAUGAAUCUGAAGAGCAAUGUAUACUUGAUUGUGGAUUUGAAGGUAUCUGUGUUUGGAAUAAAAAUGGAACUCCAACACAGGAAUGUAUUUGUCCGUUUGGAAGAGCAGGACCGAAGUGCAAUGAAGAAAUAAAAGUUAACACCCCUCGGUUUACCUCUAAAUCUUGGAUCGCAUUUCCAGCUUUAAAAGGCGCUUACAAACAUGUUCAGCUUCACAUAGAAAUACGUCCGGAAUUGUAUGAUGGUAUCAUUUUGCUCACAGGUGAGCGCGACGAUUUGACUGGUGACUUUAUGGCAGUACUUAUUCAUAAAGGAUAUGUUGAGUUUUGGUUUGAUUGUGGUUCUGGUACUGGAGUCGUCCGUUCUGAAGAGACUGUUAUACUAAAUCAAUGGAAUACAAUUUUGAUAUAUCGUCACCGAUGGGACUCGUGGCUCAUCUUGAAUCAAGGGAAUCGCGUGCAAGGCAGAUCAAAGGGUCUUUUCUCACGCAUAACCUUUAGAGAGCCAGUUUUUUUGGGCGGCAUUGGUAAUAUUACAGGAAUAAAUAAAAAGUUACCUGUUAGACAUGGCAUAACAGGUUGUAUAAGAAAGUUUGUAGCCAAUGAGCACGAAUACAAUUUUCAACAAGCACCAUACGGUGACGUUUCACAAGGAUUUAAUAUACUUGAAUGUACAACAGACCACUGUAGUCGAUUUCCAUGUCGUCAUGGUGGUAAGUGCAUAUCAGCAGAUGAUGGAGCAGCGGUUUGUCUUUGUCCACUUGGUUUUGGUGGUGACUUAUGCGAAAUGAGACUUGACUUACAAGUACCAUCAUUCAAUGGAUCAUCUUAUUUAAGAUAUGCACCUUUAGGAGACAACGCUCUUGUUUGGUUAGAUAUUCAGGUAACAUUAAAACCACAACAAAAUGAUGGAUUGUUGCUUUAUAGUGGACAUCAUGAAUACGGAGAUUUUAUUUCGUUGUGCUUAAAUAUGGGGUUUGUGGAAUUUACUUAUGAUCUGGGAAGUGGUCAAGCGACAGUGAGAAGUGACUUUCCAUUAACCCUUAAUCAAUGGCACACAAUACAUAUCUCCCGAACGGCAAGAUUAGCAGUACUUAAGAUUGAUCUGCUACCUGAAGUAGCAACGAUUUCUCUUAAUGGUUUUUGGCAUUUAUCUUUGCCACACAGUUUAUUCUUAGGUGGUGUGCACAAUAUUCAAACAUUACCAGCAAGCAUAAGAGAGAAAGGGUCAUUUGUUGGAUGUAUUCAAAAAUUUGUAGUGAAUGAAAGGGCUAUUUCGAUCAUAUCUGAAGCAUUAGGUGGAAGUAACGUUGACACUUGUUUGUCCCAUGCUUGUGUUGCCCAUCCUUGUGGUCCAUUAGAACAAUGUGUUCCCAAUAUGGAAAGCUAUGAGUGUGAAUGUAAACCAAACAAUGUUCAACAGUGUAAUCAGGCCGAAGAAGUGCCGUUUAAAGUACUUACAGAAGUAAAAGGCGCUGCUUCAACUUAUAGUACAACUGAAAUGACGACUACACAAGAAAUAGAUACUACUUUGUUUGUUACGAAAGACAGAUUUGAAGACGAUAAUGCGUUGGAUUUGAAAAUUCAAGAUGUAAAAAGUCCAUCGAAUUGGGAAAAAAAAAGUGACUACUACUACGAUGAUUACAACGAUGAUGAAGAUUUUUCGAAGGACGAUGGAAGUGGAUCAUCUACGAACACUGAAACACAAACAACGAUCAAGUUGGCUAUCACCAUGAAACCAAGUACAACGGAAAAUAAUAUUUUAAGAGCAUCUGUUAAGAGCCCAUACAAAGAGCUGAUUAAAGAUAUUGAAUCUCAUUACACGUUAAAAGGAAAAUAUAUGUUGCUUGAUAGUGUUAUAGAUAAGCAUAACAAAAGAAAACAAAAAAGUGAAAAAAAAAAUGAAAACAAAUCAAGACAAAAGUUUAAAAAAAAACAAAAGCUUCUUAAAGAUGAUCAAUAUGCAAAUUACAUAGAUCGUAAUACUCAGGACAUAUCAUCUGAUUUCAUAUUUAAUACAAAUGAAGAAAAAAUUAAAAGACAACAAGAAUUUAAAACAGAAAAUCUGUAUCAUCCAAAACAACGAUACCCACAAAAAGACAAUUCUAUUAUUGAUGGAAUGUUGAUAGAUGAAAUGAACAAAAUAAUGAAAAACAGUGGUACUGAUAGAAGUAUAGAAGAUUCAUGGAAAGUUGCAUAUCAAACUCGAACAACAUUAUUACCAAAACUUAAUAAUAUUUUAAAUCAACAACACACUCAUCGUCCACAUUCAGGUGCUUGUUUUAAUGGCCAUGAUAGUUACUUUCAUUACAGUGAUGUAGAAACAAUGCGUCGUGUUAUCAGCUAUCAAAUUGAUCUAAACUUGAGGUUCAAAACGCACUCAAACAAUGGUUUAAUAUUAUGGUCUGGUCGACAUAGUGCACAAGAAGAUGAUGAUUUUUUGUCUCUUGGUAUCGAAGAAGGUUUCUUACACUUACGUUAUAAUCUUGGAUCUGGUGAAGUCAAUAUUGAAUAUAACACCACAGUUGUAAGUGACGGAUUAUGGCAUCGAAUUCGCGCAGUUAGGAAUUUACAAGAGGGAACACUAAAAGUUGACGGUGGUAAACCAAUAGUCCAACGUUCGCCAGGAAAAUUAAGGCAGUUAAAUACAGAUGCUGGUUUGUAUGUUGGGGGCAUGCCAGAUCCUUUAUAUUACACAAGAAACAGGUAUCCAAAUGGAAUAUUGGGUUGCAUAUCUGAGGUAGUACUUGCAGGAGAACUUAAAUUAGAUUUUGACGUAACUACAUGUUUGGAUUGUGCACAUAACGUUGAACCAGGGAUUCUUUGAAAAUAAGCUUACUUAUAUAAAAUAAUUAUAUAUUUCUUACAAUUAGUAGAAUUAUUAUAUUAUUAAGUAUACACAUAUAAAAACGGCAUAACAAGUACUGUUUAAAAGUAAAUCGGUAUUGUGAUUGAAAAUAUUAAACAUAAAUGUGUGAGAGCAAAAAAAUGUAAAUUAUAAAUACAACUAAAAGAGGAUAUACAAUUAAAGGUAAUACAAGAGUGAUGUUAUAUAGUACUAUUUAACAUGAUUUUAAUUUUAUAGGAUGCACUAUAAGUAUUUGGUGCGAAAAUUUUAUACAAAAGAGAGUAGCAAAAAUAUAAAUUAAUCAUUACAAAGGAUUACCAAAGACAAAUUUCAUUUUGAAGUUAUGGUGUAAAUUUUCUGUUCCUAUUAUAAAAAUAAAAUUCUGAUUUGAA